AUGGUUAGGAAGAUUAUUGUCGUCGGUAUACAACAUUACGAAGAUCCGUUUUAUAAACAUGUGACGGGUGCAAGUGGGCCGCCAGCGGGAUGCGGCCAUCAACGGAAUAGAUCCUUGGACUCUGUCCUUCAAAGGAUACCAGAAGACAUGACACCUACCUCGCCGGAGGGACCACUUCGAAUUCCUAUCGAAGUUCAAACUCCGAGACUCGCUCUUCCACCAGAAGUGCCAACUGGUUCUGACGACUCAGGUAUCCAUACACCACCUGAUGGCAAUGACGACGAACGACCUCCACCACCAGCCGCAGCAAGAUCCAGGGAAAGUCUGGAUUCCGGUAACCCAGAGGACACAGAUAAACCGCCAGAUCCGCCAGAUACAAUUGAUCAAUCUGUCAAAACAGAUGUAUGCGCGGCUGAAACAUCUAAAAACAAAGACUUUCUUCUGCGGUUGUUCGAAAGCAAACUCUUUGAUAUGAGCAUGGCAAUCUCAUAUCUCUUCAACUCGAAAGAGCCGGGUGUGCAGACAUACUUGGCUAACAAACUAUUCUCUUUUCCAUACGAGGAUGUGGAUUUCUAUUUGCCACAAUUAGCGACUAUGUAUAUAGAAAUGGGCGAUGUAGCGGACGUGCUGAAGCCCUACUUGGUGUAUAGGUGUAAACAAAGUGCAGAGUUUUCUUUAAGACUUGCGUGGUUGCUAACCGCUUUCGGAGGUGAUGCAAAGAGGUCGCGGGCGACGAAAUUAAGAGAUUCCAUACUGGCAGAGGAAAUCAGGCCAGCAGCGCGAAGAGGCCAUCACAGGUCGCAGUCUGAUGCCUCAGCAUUGAGGUUAACGACUCCUUCGGGAAGGCAUUUAGGAGACUUAGCAUCGGGGCGUGCAUUCGAUAAUGGUUGCCUCUGUGGAGAACAGUGCUCCUGUGGAGCACCUCGACUAGCGCCGCAAAUACAGUUUCUAACGUCGUUAACGAAUAUCGGCCGCCGUCUGGCUAGCGUGGCAGACAAGGAGCGACGGAAUGGCCGUCUCAGGGCCGAAUUGGCGGCGCUCGACCUUAACCUACCCGCCAGGGUGUGGUUACCUCUGCAUCAAAGACCGCACUACGUGUUGAGGAUACCUCCGCAUGCAGCUGCUGUGUUAAAUAGCAAGGAUAAGGCACCAUACAUAAUGUACGUGGAGGUCUUAGAAACUGACGGACACGAGCCCUUACCACCGCGCCUCUUACCGCCCGCGCCGCCUGCACCUCAUUCACCCCCUAUCCGGCAUACAAAAAGUGAAGAAAACUUAGUGCCUGAAUGGCCAGCAUUAUCAUUGUACUCAGGACUAGAUGAUGUGGACACCGGAGACUGUUGGAGCCAUGAUGAUGAGGAAUUAAGUACACAGUAUUCGCAUCGAGCGCCAGCGCCGGACAGCUUGUCACAAGUGUCCGCAAUAUCAGCAUUAUCGACGUCAUCCUGUGGUUCCCGGGAAUCAGUAGCUGUUGGAGCAGGUGAAGUUCGGAGACGGUUAGCUGAUGCGACGGCCGCCCCUCCACCCAAUGCCUUCAAACAUGACCCGGCUGAUCCUUCUGCUACAGCCUUGAAGGAAUCAUGGGAAUGCAAACUGGCUCGCAUGCGGUCGACGUCGCCUUACGGCGCGCUGAGCGGGUGGCGCCUGCUGGGCUGCAUCGUGAAGGUGGGCGACGACCUGCGCCAGGAGAUGUUGGCGGCGCAGCUGCUGCGGCGCCUGCAGGCCGCCUGGCUCGCCGAGCGCGUGCCGCUGCGCCUGCGCCCCUACGAGAUACUGUGUCUCGACAGGGAGUGCGGACUCAUACAGCCGGUGCUGAACUCAGUAUCGUUGCACCAAAUCAAGAAGCAGUCGGGCAAGAGCCUGCGCGCGUGGCUGGAGCUAGAGCACGGGCCGCCCAACAGCGAGGGCUUCCUGCGCGCGCAGAACAACUUUGUAGAGUCCGCCGCCGCCUACGCGCUGACAAGCUAUCUGCUGCAGCUCAAAGACAGACAUAAUGGUAAUAUUUUACUGGACAGCGCAGGUCACAUAAUCCACAUCGAUUUUGGAUUCAUAUUCUCUAUUUCGCCCAAGAAUCUAGGAUUUGAAAGUUCACCAUUUAAGCUAACACCGGAGUUCGUCGAAGUAAUGGACGGCGAAAAUUCAGACAUGUUCCAAUAUUUUAAGAUUCUGAUACUGCGCGGUUUGAUCGCCGCACGUAAGCAUUGCGAUCAAAUUAUACACGUCGUGGAACUUAUGCGUAUGGGUGGUCAGCUGUCGUGCUUGCGUAGCUCGGGCGCCGUCUCGUCGUUCCGCGCUCGCUUUCACUUGGGCCGCACCGAGCCUCAGCUGCAGGCGCUGGUCGAGCGGCUCGUGCGGGACGCGCUACAUUCGCUCUCCACCCGGCUCUAUGACAACUACCAGUACUACACCAACGGGAUUCUCUAG